AUGGAGAAUUUUUGGAAACAUUUAUCAUCCCCCCCCACUAUCCUUCCAUCUGACUCGGACCUACCGGAGUUUACCUGUCAUCACUUCAAGAGACACGGUCACCUCGACAUCCAGUCCCAGAUUGACCACACCCUUGCCGACGAUACAUCAGAUCAUCUUCCUCACCGUCGUCAGUAUUGGCAUACCCCUAUUGUCCCUCGUCGCAAGGUCCUCCCCCCAUCUAUACCCUCGUCCCAACCUCUCGACAGACCGCUCGCGGCACGUCUCACCACGCCCCCACCUGUCCUUCUCCCUUCAAUCCCUACGAUCCCUCUCCAGUGCUGUAUAGCUGCACCACCCCUCCCCUCCUUUGCACAUCGCGAUCCUAUUGAUCUCAUCACCAUCAUCGGUUCCAAGGUCAACGCCAUCAUUAAAAGACUGCAGGCCAUCUUCGAUCACAAGGACCAGUUGCUUGACAUCCCCCACAACCAUCAGCUUGCUCUUCAACGCAUCAGCGACAGGCUCGAGUGGAUACUCGACAACAUUGAGAACGGCUCCUCGUGGACUCGCAGCCAACAACAAAACAUCGACUGGUUUUGCAAGGAGUUUGGAAAGGUCAAGUUUAGUGGACUUGGGCAGAACUUCGAGCAUAUUGUCAAAGCUCUAGUAGAGUUAGAACAUUUUGGGUAUCUGGAUUGGAUCGUUGUUUAG